CGAAGCGCGCCUUGUCGAUGACGUCAUAAACAUACGACGAGAUUUACUUUUCUCACUGCCGACCCGAGCUUGUCAUUCGCGAAGAUUCAUAUGUCCGCUUUAUGACAAGCGUUGUCAAGUUGUAGCGCUUUUAAAAAGGCUUGUCGAAUUAUUAAGAACACUUGACCGGAGUGCCUGCGAGUGGUUUGCAGAGUAAGACUGCCGACGGGAAACAUGAAUUACGCUCGAUUCCUCACGGCUGUCAGUGCUGCGAGGAAGCCGUCGCCGAUCAGAAUGCUGACGGAGCUGCAGCAGCGCUCGCCGCCAUCGCUGAUAUCACUGGCCGCGGGGGCGCCCAACCCCGACACCUUCCCCUUCGAGUCGGCCGUCAUCAAGGUCAAGGAUGGCCCGGAGGUCUCCUUCGACCAGGUGGCCAUGAAAAGGGCCCUGCAGUACUCCGCCUCCAAUGGAAUCCCCGAACUGCUGACGUGGAUGAAGGAGCUGCAGAAGAGGCUCCACGACCCACCGACGGCCGCCCGCGGUCGCGAGGACGGACAGAUGGACGUGUGUGUGACCACGGGGAGCCAGGAGGGACUCUGCAAGGUGAUGGAGAUGCUGGUCAGCCCGGGAGAUGACGUGCUGCUGGACUCGCCCACCUACCCCGGAACGCUGGCGGCGCUCCAGCCGCUGGGCUGCAACAUCGUCGCCGUCGCCAGCGACCGGCACGGCAUGAUUCCGGCGGCCCUCGAGGAGGUCUUGUCCCGUUGGGACCCGUCGGACUCUCGCAGGCCCAAGGUCCUCUACACCAUCCCCAACGGGGGGAACCCCAGCGGGGCAUCGUUGACCGCGAGCAGGAAGAAGGAAAUCUACCAGCUGGCGAGGUUGUACGACCUUCUGAUCGUGGAGGACGACCCCUACUACUUCCUGCAGUUCCACAAGCCUUGGGCCCCCACCUUCCUCUCCAUGGACGUGGACGGCCGCAUCGUCAGGAUGGACUCCUUCUCCAAGAUCCUGUCUUCGGGCUUGAGGAUCGGCUUUGUGACGGGGCCCAAGCCGCUGGUGGAGCGGGUGGUGCUGCACAUCCAGGCCUCCACCAUGCACACCAGCACCUUCACGCAGCUCAUGGUGUCGCAGCUCUUGCACCACUGGGGCCAAGACGGCUUUCUUCGGCACAUCGACGGGGUGAUCGAAUUCUACAGAAAGCAGCGGGACGCCAUGAUGAGCUCCGCCGACAAGUGGCUCACAGGUUUGGCCAAAUGGCACGCGCCCUCGGCGGGGAUGUUUCUGUGGCUGGAGCUGACGGGCGUCCGUGACACCCGCCGGCUCAUCAUGGAGAAAGCCUUGGAGAAGGAGGUGCUGCUGGUCCCGGGUGCCGUGUUCUCCAUCGACAGCAGCGAGCCGUCGUCUCACGUCAGGGCGGCGUUUUCGCUGUCCACGCCCGAGCAGAUGGAUGAAGCCUUCAGACGCCUCGCCGAUCUCAUCAGAGAGGGCUUGUGAUUUGGGAUGCGCAAUUUGGGGACAUCAACCAAUCGCAACAUUGCAAUUGCGAUUUCAUAGGCAAUUAUUUUUUUUCUCCAAGAUCCUCUUAUUUCCCCCCCCCCCAACAAACAAGCAAUGAAAAUAAUGUCAGACAUACGCAAAUGGAUCUUUUUACAGAUUUGGUUUCUGAUCAGAUGAAGGCUUAUAUUUAUUGACCUCAAGCACAGCUGUCAAGUUACUUGAGUGGGGGGGGGGGGCCUCAGGAAUUCAACCAAGCCGUCUAGAAAUGAAUGUUGAUGAAAUAUACUCGGGCGACAAAUA